AUGGAGUUGUUAAGAGUUGUAAUUCAAUGCCUCUUUCUUCUCAUUCUCUUCUCCAAAACUUCCCUUUCUCUAACCCCACACAAAAUUUCUCGUCUCACUCCGUUCUACCGCUCUAUCCUACGACGACAAUAUCGGUCUUCUUCUUCUUCCGACAGGACUACUUCUGCUACCUCUGACACUCAAUUCAAAACCUAUUAUUACAACCAAACAUUGGAUCACUUCAAUUAUGGACCUCAAAGCUAUGCCACCUUCAAACACAGAUACAUAGUCAACUCCAACUUCUGGGGUGGCGCCCAAUCAAACUCCCCUAUCUUUGCCUGGCUCGGCGCUGAAUCUUCCAUCGACUCUGAUCCUCUAGGCAUCGGAUUUCUCACUGAUAAUGCCCCUCGUUUUAAGGCUCUUCUUGUCUACAUAGAGCAUAGGUACUACGGGGAAUCAAUUCCAUUCGGAACCAUGGAAGAAGCUAUGGAUGAUGACACCACUCGUGGCUAUUUCAACUCGGCUCAAGCUUUGGCUGAUUAUGCAGAGGUAUUGUUGUACAUAAAAAAGGAAUACUCGGCUCAAGAUUGUCCCGUCAUUGUUUUCGGAGGAUCAUAUGGAGGAAUGCUUGCUUCGUGGUUUCGGUUGAAGUAUCCACAUGUUUCACUGGGUGCCUUGGCUUCCUCAGCUCCUGUUCUCUACUUUGACGAUAUCACACCACAAAAUGGAUACUAUUCCAUAGUAACUAAAGAUUUUAGGGAAGUUAGUGAGAGUUGUUAUCAAACUAUAAAAAAAUCAUGGUCCAUUAUUGACAAAAUUGCUUCCAAGCCAUAUGGCCUCUCUAUUCUCCGUCGCAAGUUCAAGCUUUGCCGGUAA